AUGGAUGACAUCAUCCUCGAGAGUAAUGACCAAGUGAGUUUCAAGGUGUGCUUGCCCAUCGUGAGGAAGAUGAAGGCUCUGCAAGUACUUUUCGGCGACGAUGCGUUGACAGACAGACAAGAUCGCUCGAUACCGCUGCCGAAGGUGAACUCGGAAUGCUUACGAAUGAUUCUCGUGUGGGCGGAUCAUCACGUCGACGAUGAGGCUCAUCUAUCAGCGAGUCAGAGACAAGAUCUUCUGGAAUGGGAGUCCUACUUUUUCUCCGUCAGCUCUUCACAGCUCUUCGAGCUCGUAUCGGCCGCGGACUACCUCGGACUUGUCGAUCUUGUCGAAGCCGGCUGCAAAGUCAUCGCAAAGCUGAUCCGAGACAAGAGUACGGAUCAACUCAGAUUUAUUCUCGGGAUCCGGGAUCCAGGUACUCGUUGA